AUGAGUCACAGAGAUCAGUAUCCGAUAUUGUCAUUCCGACGCGAAAUAGUACCCGGAUUACUUGAUUGGGUAACUGUAGUUUUUCCUGAUCCUUCAGUCGUCUUGGUUAUUGUAGUUCCUCCUGUUGUUGAUGAUUCUCGAUUAUUUUAUUGGAUAACUGUAGUUUCUAUUGAGUUUGGAAUUUUAAUAGUUACUUCCGAAUCUCUUGGUUUUCGAGUUGUAGAUACCUUCGGAUUAUUUGGGCUUGGAGGUGUAGGUACUUCCGGAUCCCGGGAUGUUAUUCGUGUCUUUACGGUAUAUAAAACCGGAUCAACCGAUAUGCGCAAUUUUACUUCGUGA